AGAAUUUUCUGACGUCAUGGACGAAGCUAGCUUAUGUGAAUUGAGAACCACUUGGAGAUGAGAAAAAGGAGGACGUCAGCUGAGAAGGCGGUCCUUCAGUGUAGCCCAGGACACAACAGCAUAAACACUGCUGAAUGAAUGUAGUCUUUGUGAUCAGAUCUCAAGAUGCAUUGAGGAGGCACUGGGUGCAUUCACACCUGUACUCUGAGCUGUCCACAUGUGAUCCGAUCACCCCAGACACAUGCUAACACCAGGUGUGAACAGGGCUUCUGUGUCUGUUUCAGUCCCUCUGCUCAGUCUGUGGGGAGAGGUGGCGGACUUCACCUUCGCCUGCAACCACUGGAGACUAAAGCCUCAGGUCUCCAUCCCCGCCCUGCAGGAGGUUACGGUCUGCUUCAACCUCAAGCUCAAGGUACUGACGACAAACUGCACAACUAAUUCACAAGUCUAAAUAGCACUGCUAUUACUUUUAAGGGCACAUUUAAGGGGACUUCAUAAAUCAUGCAUAUUAUACAUUUCAUCAACCAUAUCUAGUUGCGGCCCUCCUCACUAUGGACUGCCUUCAUGUACCGCCAUCCUGAGGCCCAGUAUACUGAGCUGGGCCUGGGGGGAAAGUGGGGUUGUUUAGUGGUCUGGCUGUUUGGAACGGAGUGGACUACGUCUAAGAUCAACCUUCGUCCAUCACAGUGGCACUCACUGUGCCUGACCUGGACACAUACUAAAGACAGACCGGCCCUAUACCUCAAUGGCAACCUGGUGGACAUCACAGCAGAAACAACUCCCUCCAUUUCCCCUCUGUACGGCAAACUGGCCCCCAAUGGAACGCUUACUUUGGGUGCAACGCACUGCCUGGUCAAUGGGAGUAUCCAGGUUAUUCCGUUUACCUCUCUGAUGGGCAAACUAUCUCUGUUUCGGCUAUGGGGGCGAGAACGCGACCAAAAGGAAGUAGCUUCACUGUACUGUACAGAGGGGGACCUGGUGAAGUGGGAGAGAGACAACUGGGACACUCAGAUCUGUGCGCCGUUCCAUGAUCCCAGCCUCAAGUGUGUAUGGCCAUUGUACGAAGUGAGACUGACGUUUGAAAUCAGACGCUCCAAUGGCAACAAAACCGAACUCUACACGGCCAGAGACAUCGCACAUAAAUGGCUGUUUCCUGUUACUUCUGUGUGA